CGCUCCUGUCACUUUCUUGCUCUCGGUGGAGCUAUUCAACCUUUUCUCUUUAUCUCCUUCCCAACCCUUGUGGCCAAGAACCUUCUUAGCAAGGAGCCCCUAGCAGGAUCCACGAUGAAGUUCCCAGCUAUCCCGGCUACCCUAGCUCUCCUCGGCUCGGGGUUGCUCACCCUAGCUAUCCCGGCUCCCCCUGACUCGUGCGGGGACAACGGUCUAUCGCCUCGCCCAACCCUCGUCCCCUAUCCCUACACUCCCCGGUUGCCCAUUCCGAACCCUCCGGAACGCACCAAAGUGUGCUAUGUCAAGGGUCACAACGAUGGCGCUACCGAUGACUCCUGCCGCAUCAUGUCCGCCCUGCGUAGGUGCAACGAUGGCGGCCGCGUGGUGUUCAAGGCCGACACGAACUACCUCAUCGGCACGGCUUUGGACCUGACCUUCCUGAAGCACAUUGAUAUCGACGUUCAAGGGACCAUUCUGUUCACCGACGAUACCGAUUACUGGCAGGCCAACGGGUUCAAAUUUGGGUUCCAGAACGUCACGACCUUUUUCAAACUUGGCGGCGAGGACGUGCUGAUGUAUGGAGGUGGCACCAUUGAUGGCAAUGGCCAGCGCUGGUACGAUACCUAUGCGGCGGACAUCUACACCUUGCGCCCCGUGUUGUUCGGCAUCGACGGCUUGAAGGAUGCCAUCUUCUCAGACCUGAACCUGCAGUACAGCCCUCAGUACUACCACUUCAUCGCCAACUCGUCCAACGUGGUGUUCAACAACAUCAACAUUUCCGGACAGAGCAAAAGCAAGAACGGGGCCAAGAACACCGAUGGCUGGGACACUUACCGAAGCAGCGACAUCACCAUCAUGAAUUCGGUCAUCAACAACGGCGAUGACUGUGUCUCAUUUAAGCCCAAUAGCACCGACAUGCUCGUCCAGUCUCUCGACUGCAGCGGCUCUCACGGGAUCUCGGUCGGCUCUCUGGGCCAGUACCCAGGCGUGUUCGACAUUGUCGAGAACGUCAUGGUGUCCAACGUCAGCAUGAAGAACGCCGGGACCGGAGCGCGCAUCAAGGUGUGGCCCAACGUGGCGUCGGGUAACCACGACGACCUCGUCGGCGGCGGCGGCGGCGGGCGGGUGCGGAACUGCACCUGGGAGGACAUGGUGGUCGACGACGUCGACUACGCCAUCGAGAUCAACCAGUGCUACUCGCAGAAGAACCUGACGCUGUGCCUCGAGUUCCCGGCGCCGCUCACCAUCGACGACAUUGUGUUCCGCCGCUUCACGGGCUCGACCAAUUCUAAGCACAGCCCUGAAAUCGCCGCUGUGGCGUGCAGUGCCCCUGACUCUUGCAGCAACAUCACCGCCAGCGAUAUCUCAGUCAAGAGUCCCAUUGGAACAAACGAGGCGUACUGUUUGAAUCUCGAUAACAGCAAGCUUGACUUUACCUGCACAGACAACUUCCUUGGGUUCUAGAAAUGGCCGAGU